AUGGGCUUUUUCAGCAAAGAGGAAAAAGUGGUGGACCCACCAAACAAGAACAAAAGAAAAAUCUGCUGGGACGCCAGGGACGAUUUCUUUGAAUGUCUCACGGCGAACAACAUCGACAACUCGCUUGAUCCAAAAGAAAAGGCCAAUGUCGAAUCCAACUGUGGCAAGCAAAGAGUGAAGUUCCAACAGAGCUGUGUGGCUUCCUGGUACAAGUACUUCCAGGAAAAACGCUACAACGACAUCAGAAGACAAAAGUAUAUUCUGCAAUUGGAGGCCGAGGGCGCCCAGCCGCUCCCCUUCAAGUUGGACAGAAAGUAG